CAACAAUCAAGAACUGGGCAGAAGAGAAUAGUUGACCUGAUAGACGAAUUGACGAUCGUAAAAGGAAAAAAAGUUAAAUAAAUAUUUAGAACAAGACUAAUCCAUAAUAAAUUAAUUGUAAUUUAAUAACCCAGCAGCAGCCAAGGAGUAAGUAAUAUAGGAGUAUGUAUUUAUCACCAAUAAAAAAUGCACCACUCAAUCCCUAUUCCUAGCCACAUUCGGUCGGACGAAAUCUUGGUUCAUCUUCUUCUCCCAUACCCAAAUUUAUCGACUUAAUACAGAAAUUUUACAGCCCACUCAAUUCCAAUUUCACAAGGGCCACACCACCACUGUGUGUAAUUCAACCACCCCCAAUCAGGCAAAUUCACAACCACAAUUGUCACACCACCAUUCUCAUCAUCUCCUCAUAUAUAUUUACCCCUCCAAGCUUUGCUCUCUCCGCCCCUCAAUUCAUACCCAGCAAGAAAAAUCAGCAUUCCCUUAAUUUUCAAUCAGCCAUCAGUUUUUUUUUUUUUAAAGCUUUAGAUUCGAAGGAAUUUAUUGGGUUUUUUUGUUUGCCCAGAAAGUUUGGAGUUCCGGAAAGCGCUAGAUUUUAGUGUUUUUUUUGCGCUGGUUUGAUUGGUGUGUUUUUUUGGGGGUAAUACCCAGGGAAACAAGUUGCAGACAUCACGGCUAUACACAGAGAGCUCCGCCCUAUUCUUCAUGUCCGGGCAGUACGACGCAAGGGUUUAAGCGAGAGCAACAACCCUUCGCCGCACGGCGGACGUGGCGCUUUGCCUUCCGAAGGCGGUAGCCCUUCCGACCUUCUCUUCCUUGCCGGCGGCGGUUGUUAAAAGUCCUUGCAUUUAUAGUUCUGUUAUAGCUUAGUGUCUCUCUUUUUUUUGCUUCGUAAUAGUUUAUUACAUAUCGCUUCUCUCUAUUAAGGUUAAGAACUUAGAAAUUCACCGUGGGAAUUUAGAAAUUUUUUUGGGAAAAAAAAAUGUUGAGAAUCAAGAGGGUUCCUACUGUUGUUUCUAACUACCAAAAGGAAGAGGGGGAGGAAGGCACUCGCCUCGGAGGGGGAUGCGGCCGAAACUGCUUCAGGAGCUGUUGUCUCCCAGGUUCAAAGCUACCUUUGUAUGCUUUCAAGAAGUUGAACAAAAUUGCUGAUGGUGGGAAGGUUGAGCUUAGCUACCAGAACAAUGAACCUCCAGUUCCCUUCCUGGAUUCUCUCCUCCUUGGAGAGUGGGAAGAUCGCAUGCAGAGAGGCCUCUUUCGCUAUGAUGUCACCGCCUGCGAAACCAAGGUUAUUCCUGGUGAAUAUGGCUUUAUUGCCCAGCUGAAUGAAGGCAGGCAUCUUAAGAAGAGGCCUACUGAGUUUAGGGUUGACAAAGUCUUGCAGCCCUUUGAUGAGGCCAAAUUCAACUUCACCAAGGUUGGACAGGAAGAGGUCCUCUUUCAGUUUGAAGCAAGUGAGGAUGAGGAAGUCAAGUUCUUCCCUAGUGCACCUAUAGAUGCUGAGAACUCACCAAGCGUGGUUGCCAUAAAUGUCAGCCCUAUUGAGUAUGGCCAUGUUCUGCUGAUUCCCCGAAUUCUUGAAUGCUUGCCUCAGAGGAUUGACCAUGAUAGCUUCUUGCUUGCUCUUUACAUGGCUGCUGAGGCUGGAAACCCAUACUUCCGGUUGGGUUACAAUAGCCUGGGUGCCUUUGCUACCAUCAACCAUCUUCACUUCCAGGCCUAUUACCUGGCUGUGCCAUUUCCUAUCGAAAAGGCUCCCUCUAAGAAGAUUACCACCACCACUGGUGGUGUGCAGAUCUCAGAAAUUCUGAAAUACCCUGUCAGAGGUCUUCUCUUUGAGGGUAGAAACACCUUAGAGGAUCUGUCCAAUGUUGUUUCUGAUUCCUGUAUCUGCCUUCAGGACUCCAACGUCCCCUACAAUGUUCUCAUUUCUGAUUCGGGAAAAAGAAUUUUCCUUCUCCCACAGGUAUGCACAUGCACCAUUGAGACCCUAGGAUGCGUGCUUUGUCUUUGAAAUUUUGAUUGCAAUGUUCAAUCCAUGACUAGUUGGUUUUGGUGACUAACGUUGGUCUGUAUUUUGUUGAAUUGAAUCAACAGUGCUAUGCUGAAAAGCAAGCUCUUGGCGAAGUGAGCUCUGAGCUCCUUGACACACAGGUCAACCCAGCUGUUUGGGAGAUAAGUGGACACAUGGUGCUGAAAAGGAAGGAGGAUUAUGAGGGGGCAUCCGAGGGAAAUGCUUGGAGGCUGCUUGCUGAGGUAUCCCUGUCUGAAGAGAGAUUUGAAGAAGUGAAAGCUCUCAUCUUUGAAGCGAUUGCUGGCAGCAUUGAGGAAAUGGACGAUGACAAGCCUAGCUUCCUGGAGAAACCUGAUGUCGCUUCCCAACCUCUGGAGGAUGUUGAUGCCCUUAACAAAGGGUCUCAGCCAGCUAUGGUCUCUGUGUAAUAAGCACGGCCAUCUUCCGUAAAUCUUGGUAUUUACGGGUCUGAUUGAUGUGAAACUCUAUUAUUGUUGUAAUUAAGUGGAGAAUUGGCCUCUCCUCUUGCAAGAGAUAUGCAUAAAUAAUGCAACCGGAUAGGCAUGGUUGUGUGGAAGGUUUAUGUUGUGUAUUGGACCUAUUGGUAACUCUGCUGAACUCUCGGCAUGUAAAUUACUUCAAUGUUGUAAUGCAAGCUUGUUUAAACUUGCCUAAAUUCCUUCUGAUCUCCAACCACGUGCUACUUAUUCUACUGAAUCAGUACCUGGUUGAAGAUGUUCUAUUGUAUCACGAACUAGAAUUAAAAAAGCUUGCUUCCAGUUCCAGGUCUCACUCUAGUUGGUCGCUACUACCACCUAAUUGCACUCGCCAAUGUUGGUUGAUGCUGAAGUUCAGAGUACAGAUGGUAUAGAACAUCUCACGGAAGCUACUUUGACCUUUAUUAACUUUCGCCAAUUUCUGAAACUGAAACCAAGGAUAAGGAUAUGAUCGAUGAACCUGGCCGCAUUUACAGAGUCCAAAUUUUAAGUCAUCUUAUUUGGAGGUCGACCUGCUGCGAAAACAGUUAUGUCAAGCAGAUGUGUCAACGAAUCUUUAGAGUGAUUGAAAAUACUCCUACAUUUAUUAUGAAAAUAUAAUUUGUUAAUUAGCUUGAGAACACCAUGAGUAGUUGUUCAAAAUGUCAGAGACCCUAAAUUUAUUUAGUGGACUCGUCCUAAAUUUAUUUAGUGGACUCGUUUAGUGAAAGAUGCAAUACAUGUAACCAAAAAAAAAAGAAAAGGAAAAAAGAAAAUGCAAUACAUGUGAGAAGACAUGAAUACCAAUUUUUUCUUUGUUACCUACAUGUAUAUAUUUGGUUAUAUUUAACAUUUUGAGUAAAUAGAAUUGCUUACAUUGUAUUUAUGUGUGUUAUACUCUUUCCAUUCCAAAAUAAGUGUCAUCCUACAUUUUGCGCAUAGUUUAAGAAACUCUUAAAUAGAGUAAUAAAAUUAAUUAAAUAUCCUCAACCAACCUCAUUAAAAAAAU